UAAUUUUGAUCCAAUUGGUACAGAUCCAUAUACUUCAAUACCUUAUUCAAUUGUUGAUAGUUUAGAACAUAAAUUAUUAACAAAACAAAUUGUUACUGAAUCAAUUGUUUUAUUACAAAAUCCAAAACAAAUAUUACCAUUUGAUAUAACAAAAAUAAAACAAAUUGCAGUUAUUGGUCCAUCAUCAAAUGAUAUAACUGUUCAAGCACAUACAUAUCAUGGAACACCAAGUAAAUGGAUAACAACAUUAGAUGGUAUACAAACAAUUGCAUUAAAAUAUAAUGUAAAUGUUGUUUAUACAUGGGGUGCAUCUCGAAGAAAUACUAGUGAUGAAGAUUUUGUACAUGCUAUAAAAUUAUCAAAUGAAAGUGAUAUAAUUUUAUUUGUUGGUGGUUUAGAUGAAAGUUUUGAAGAAGAAGAUACUGAUCGUAAUACAUUACAAUUAUCUGGUGGACAAUUAGAAUUAAUUAAAUUAAUAAUGAAAUUAAAUAAACCAUUUGCUAUAUUAAUUAUAUCUGGUUCACCUAUAUCAGAACCAUGGAUUGUUAAUAAAAAUCAAGCAGCAUUAUUAUGGAUAUCAUAUUUUGGACAAAGUGGUGAUGCAAUUGCUGAUAUAUUAUUUGGUUUAUCUAUUCCAAGUGGUUGUUUACCAUUUACAAUACCAAUAAAUACAAGUCAAAUGUUACCAAUAGAUGAUUAUUCUAUGAAUAAAUCACCAGGUAGAACAUAUCGUUAUUUAGAUUAUGAUAAAGCACCACCAUUAUUUCCAUUUGGUUAUGGUUUAUCAUAUUCAAAAUUUAUAUUUAAUUCAAAAUUAAUAAUUUUUCCUAAUCUAAUAAAUAAUCUUGAUACUGAUAUUACAGCUAAUAUAAGUAUCAUGAAUGAAGGUCCAUUUCGUGCACAAUAUGUUAUACAAUUAUAUUAUGAAUUUCCAAAUUCAACUGUAGUUGAAUUACCAAUACGUGAAUUAUUACAAUUUACUAAAAUAACAUUUGAAAAAAAUGAACAAAAAACUAUUUCAUUUAUAUUUCGUGUUAGAAAUAUUCCAAAUUCAAAUCGACAACAAUUACCAGGUAUUAUUAACUUUUGGAUUGGUAAUAGUCGUGAUAGAUAUGUACAAACAACACUUGUUAUUGAUUUUGCGUCAUAA